GAAGUUUUCUUUUCCUUUUAGACCGAAUGCUUUUCGCCAUCUUGUUGCAAAACACACGUGUGCGCGGUGCGAGGCUUGGUACCGAGGUUAUGAAUUUAGUACUUUGUGUAUGAGGUUUGACGUGUACCCACCGAAAUGCAAAUCACGGGCUAUCCAAGAUGGCGCUAGCUGCUAAAACUGCUAGGUUAGCUCUAGGAAGAACCAUAAUUGAUGCGCAAUACCUGGCGGACAGAGUGCUUUUCAUGAAUAGUGAAAUUAUAGCAAUAAACAAACCAUAUGGAUUGCCAGUACAUUCUGGUCCUGGUGUUAAGAUGUGUGUGAUGAAUAUGCUUGAUGAAUUUACAGAAAUAAAAAAGUUGAAGGAAAGACCAGAGCUUGCACAUCGAAUUGAUAAGGAUUGCAGUGGAAUUCUGUUACUUACCAGGUCAAGAACUGCAGCUACUAAAGUUGCAGAAAUGUUCUCAGACAAAACCAUUGGUAAACAAUACUGGGCAGUGACUGUUGGAGUUCCGACAUUUGAAGAAGGAGAAAUUAACAUUCCUAUUGGGGAAGCUAAACUUGCUGGAGGAUAUCGAAUUGCCACCAAACAAGACCUGAUUGGAAAGUCUUCUGAAAUAUUAAGAGCUGCUGGCUUUAAACAUGCAAAGACUAAAUUCAAAAUCUUGGAUGCAAAUCAGACUACAUGUGCUCUUUUACAAGUGGAACCAAUCACAGGAUUAAAGCAGCAAAUUAGAGUUCAUACAGCAGAAGGACUGAAAUGUCCAAUAUUGGGAGAUCAUAAGUUCUCUUCUGACAUUCGACAACCACAGGUUUUACCUCUGCGUUUACUACAACUUCUUCAAAUUCAAGGUGUAAAGAAUAAGGAAAACCCCACAGCAAAAGGAAAAAUUAGACAAUGGCAAAGAGCACUGAUUCCUCUUCACCUACAUGCAAGACAAUUAACUUUACCCAACUUUUACAAAGGAAGAAAUAUCAUAAUAAAAGCUCCUCUGCCUGACUAUUUUGCAGAAACUCUACACAAAUUGAAACUUCAUCCAAAGAGAAAAAAUAUGGUGCAGGCUGAGGAUAUAACAGAGUAUAACAGACUGAAGCAGCUUGGAAAGUCAACAAAAAAAAUUGUUGGAUUUUGAAGAAAACUGAUAAGAGGAACCUAGGAAUGAAUAAAGCAGCAGUUUCAAGGAGAUUCUGUUCCAUCUUAUCCAUGAUGCCUGCUUUUCCAUGUGCAACAUCCCCAAAACAUUUGCAGAAAACUUUUCACCAUCAAGGCAUUUUUAAACCAUUCCCAAUUGAACUAAAAUUAAAGGAUUCCCUCUCCUUCACCCCUUGAGAAGGGAGUGGCCUUUUAAGAUAAAGCAGGUUAUUUAAAUUGAAACUGAAAUGUGGUUAAUAUAUUAAGUCUCUUUGACUCAUUUAUAAUUGUCCAAAAAAUGAGAUAAAUUUCUCACGGUUUUUCACUUAAGUCAAACCUAUGCCACAUUGCUACAGACGUACACAAUAAAUGUUAAUGCUAUAUUUAUUUUCCAUACGAAAAGUCUUAUUAGUACCACCUUGAAAAGAGGUUCUAUCAGAAUAUAUGGCUGGAUGACAUGGCUGGAAGCUGGUAUAAACUAAUUGAUAUCAAAGUAAAAUGGAAAACUGCUCCUAAGAAAUUACAGUAGUAGAAAGGAAUUACAGUUUGCUAAUAUGUGUUACCAAGAACUGCAGUGGGUUGACCGGCAGAGUGCCAUUUCCAGCUCUGAGAAUAACCAGAGGAAAAACUUAAAAGAUCCAUUGAAGUAAUAAUGCUCAGUAAACUAACAUCAAGUACAAACUUGGAUGUCUUGUUGUCUAUUCCACAUAAUCAAAGUCUUCUGGAAUUCCAAAGCUUUUGUCGAUCAUUUUCUUUUCCAGCCCAAACUUGCGUUCACACCAGGAUUUGAUUGUAAACACAUUGUCAGUCCAGCGAUUGGCACCUUCCUUCGACAUCAGUGUUUCCUUUUGUAAGUUUUCUAGCACUUCUGGGUCACAUUCACGAUAUCUCUCAAGCUCUUGUUCCAGUUCUUUACAAAGUUUUUCUUUUUGAGUCAGCUCUUCAAGAA